GGUGGCAACAGUACUCUGUGUCUUCUUAUUCUACCUAGGUACACACGCAAAACAUACCCGUCUUCUUGGCAACUUGAUAAUUCUUGUUGAUUUUUUUCCGACAAAGUCAUACCCAUCUGAGAUAUACUCCCAGAAUACAGCGUUCAUAGCCCUGGUCGUUUCUCUCAUCGCAAUUAUCGACUUUACAAUAAAUCAAAAUGUCUGGUGAAGCGUGGCUCUACCUGUUGGCGGUCCUGAUCAAUGCCGUCAACUUGUUCCUUCAGGUGUUUUUCACUAUUAUGUACAGUGAUUUGGAAUGUGACUACCUCAACCCGAUCGAACUCUGCAACCGUCUUAACACCUAUAUUGUACCCGAAGCUGCUGUCCAUGCUUUCCUGACCUUCCUAUUCGUCAUCAAUGGCUACUGGCUUGCGAUUAUAUUGAACUUACCUUUGCUCGCUUACAACGGAAAGAAGAUCUUUGACAAUCAGCAUCUGUUGGAUGCUACCGAGAUUUUCCGCAAGCUUAACAUCCACAAGAGGGAAUCCUUCGUCAAGCUCGGAUUCCAUCUCUUGAUGUUCUUCUUCUACCUCUACAGCAUGAUUGUUGCCUUGAUCCGUGACGAGUCUCACUAAAUGAUUCGCUAACGAUGCGAUGACGCUCACGCUCUAUGCGCUACGACUCUUUGAUGACGGUCCCAAUCCGAGGAGGUAAUCAAGUCUGCUAUUAGAUGACUGUAGGAAUGGAAAGGCGAUUCUAAAUGUUAUGGGUGGAUAUUUGUGGAAUAUGCCAGGACGAUUGUGUGUGUGUGUGUGUGUGUGUGUGUGGACGUAUCAGAAGGAGACUUGACUGAUAUGGUUUGCUAUGAAUGAUACCGGUGUUGUGCUUUGAAGAGAGGAGUAGGUUUGUGAUCUUGCUGAGUUAUGGCAGCGAUGGUCCUCUUGUAUGGUUUAGAUGCUGUAUAUACCUCUAGCGCAAUUGCUCGAUUAUAUUUAUUAUCUAAUUUUAUGAUAAAUGGUAUAAAA